AUGCUUGAGGGGCCUGAUCUCGUCGGAAAGCGGGUGCGAGUCUACUGGCCAGACGACAAGAAGUGGUACUCUGGGCAGGCCAAGGCGUUUGACUCGGUGACGUUGGAGCACUUAGUGCGGUACGACGACGGCGAGGAGCGGCAGGAGUGCCUGACAGGACUCGAGCCGUUGCAGUGGGAGCUGCUGCUCCCCGCGGUGGCGGCCGCGUCGAGUACACGGGCUGCCACAAUGUUGCGCAGCGCGCCGCGCGAGGCGGACCCAGAGACGUUGGCGACGCGUCUCGCUGCCGCCGAAGGGCUGACGCUCGUGCCAGCGAACAAUGGGGUGGGAUAUCGUGGCGUGUCCAUUCAUCACGCGUCUGGAACGUUUCACGUGCGCAAGCGCAAGGACGGCAAGGAUUACGAACUUGGCCACUUCUCGAGCGCUGCCGAAGCCGCUCUUGCUUAUGCCCGUUUUCUCGGCCCGGCGGAGUCAGCCAAAGAGGCGGCCGCCGGGCCGGCUCGGAAGAGGAGGGCCGGGUCGGAGGACCACGGAGACUUUGGCGUCCCGCGGUGCAACGUGUCCGUCGAGGCCAUCAUUUGUGAGAGCGCCUCAGAGGACGAGGGCGACGAAGCCAUCCGUGGUGCUGCCACCACCCUCGUCACGGCGGCGUCUGCGAACGGCGACAUGGCGCCGAUGUGCUCGCCGCCUGCGCAGGCACCCGGGGGAGGGGCUCUGAAGCGCAAGCGCAGCUUCCACAGCGAGGAGUUCGAGCUCGCUGCCGCCGGGGACACGAUCUCCAUCCCUGUGCCGCAGGCCAUGCGCGGCCGACGGGCCACCGUCGUGGUGACGUAUGAAUGA